AUGGCCGUUCUUACUGAUCUGCCCCCAGAAAUCCUAGAGCAGAUCUUCCAUUUCCUAGGAAGCAUCGACGACGUUCACCAUCUUGGGCGCACAUGCACCAAAACCCACCAUGUCAUCAAAAAACGCAACAUCUAUCUCGAGAUUAUGCGCUCGAUUAUCUACUUCAACCCCCAACACCGCUACGACUUCCAGCUCAACAGAGCCCUGUUCCUCCAUUCCAAAAUCGUUGGACACUUUCAACACCACGUGUCACGCUUGCCCGCCAGCCAACCUGGAAUGAAUAAGAAUAACUGGGAGCAUUAUUUAAACAGUACGGCUAAUGCAUGCUGCUCGCCACAAGAAUGGACAAAUGAUGCAAUCUGUGACGUGCUAGCACGAUACCAAGGGUUACGCGUGUUGGAGAACACGUGGAUGGAAAGGGAACUCCAAGAGGAAGACUUCCUGUCUGUAGAUCAUACCUCGGAUGCCCAGCGGCUCGUGCAUCGAUUCAAAACGGUCGUUGGCCGUGGCGAUGAGUUCACAUACGACGAUAUGCCUCCACGCAAUCCGGAAACGCCACACACCUGGGGUUAUCGCAGUCUCAACGCCGAUCAGAGGGGACGAUUCUAUGCAGCGGUGGUGUGCAUCUGGCUUCUCAACGAGAUCAGAUGGGUGUUGACCCAUUUCAGCUACCCGGCGAACUUCACUAUCCAGAUCGGGAUCUUGGAGUCCUGCAAGAGCAGGAUUGUAGCAGAGAAAGAUACCCCACUGCUGGAUGAACUGGACCGUCACGCUGUAUUUGCUUUCAUGUAUCAGCAUGUACUUCCACUCCAUGCCCUAUACUUCGCCGACGCCAGUUCUUCGCACCUACCCUUCACAUUCGUCUCCGACUUCUCCAAGGACAUGGCUCACUGUCCCAGACUACUCCAACUCUUCCUAAUGUCCGGCCAAACCUACUUCCAACCCCCCGACCUAAUCGACCUCAUCGUCCGCUCCAAGGCAUCCCGCCACCGACCUUACACCGACCUCCACACACCCUGCUCAACCAUACUAUGGAGACACCCUCGACGAACUCAUUUCCAGCCCUACAAUGACCUCUGCAAUGAAACCAACAAGGCGCAUGUUCAGCAUAAUUCGACACGGCAUCUCACGCUCAUCACGCGCUCUUCCUUCCACCAAUCGCGCUGGGAUAUGAGUCAAGGACUUAUUAGAGCUCCGGCGCUUGGCGAGGCGUUGUUCAGAGUACCGGAUCACGCGAAGCGGUACUUUUAUGAUCGCGCCAUGGUGGCGUUUGAGAUGUGGGAGACGAAGCGCACGGGGUUAAAGGAUAUACGGGCUGUGUUUCCUAAGAAGUGGGAGGAGAUCAGGUGGUCCAUUUGGUGGUGGGCGGGCAGUGAGGAGAAGGCGAGGAUGAAGAUGGAGAGGAUGAGGGAGACGGUGGGGUCGCAGUAG